CGGCGCUGCGAGGAGCCCUACACCUACUGGCCACUGCUGCAGUGGCGCUGGCUGGCUACUCUGCCUACUAGGCCAGCUAGCGCUCCUGCUCCGCUGCUCCUCCUGCUGCUGCGCCAACGCGGCCGUCCUCAUCCGCCUCCGCCCUCCCUCCUCGGCUCCUCUCUCUCUCUCUCUCUCUCUCUCUCUCGCCGCCAUUGGUUAGUUCCAUAAAUAGUAGCCAGUUGCUCACUGGUCCUUCCUACCAGUUGCGGCUGCUUCCCCGACGCACGCCGCAGAUCUACGCCUGUAAGCGAUUGCUGCGGCCGUGGCUUUCCCGGCCAGCGGUUAGGGUUCUCCGGCGCCGGGCGGAGCGGGGAGGGGCGAUGGCGGGGAAGAGGGAGCGGAUAGCGAUACGGAGGAUCGACAACCUGGCCGCGAGGCAGGUGACCUUCUCCAAGCGCCGCCGGGGGCUGUUCAAGAAGGCCGAGGAGCUCUCCAUCCUCUGCGACGCCGAGGUCGGACUCGUCGUCUUCUCCGCCACCGGCAAGCUCUUCCACUUCGCCAGCUCCAGCAUGAAUCAGAUCAUCGAUCGCUAUGAUUGCCAUUCCAAGACGCUGCAGAAGUCAGAAGCACCGGCUCAGCUGCAGUCACAUGUGGAUGACAGCACUUGUGCAAGGCUAAGGGAGGAGCUCGCCGAAGCAAGCCUUAAGCUCAGGCAGUUGAGAGGAGAGGAGCUCCAGAGGCUGAGCGUCCAACAGCUGCAGGAGUUAGAGAAGACCCUCGAAUCCGGGCUCGGCUCUGUACGCAAAACCAAGAGCCAAAAAAUCCUCGACGAGAUCAACGGUCUGGAAAGAAAGAGAAUGCAACUGAUCGAGGAGAAUUCAAGGCUAAAGGAGCAACUGCAGGUGACCCGGAUGACAAGGAUGGAGAUGCAGCUCGGCGCCGAUUCAGAAGUUGUGUACGAGGAAGGGCAGUCAUCUGAAUCCGUGACCAACGCGUCAUAUCCGCGCCCGUCGGCCGACACCGACGACGGUGGCUCCGAUACAUCGCUCAGGCUCGGGUUACCACUGUUCAGCUCGAAGUGAUGGAAACCGAAUUGUCCUGGAGCAGAGUGACGCCGAUUACCUACCUGCCCUCCCCAUUGUGGACCCGGGAGCAGAAUUCCUGGACUGAGAAGCGGUCAACGCGUCGCUUCAAAAUAAGAGGCAUUAUGGAGUGCUGGAUGAUGUGUGUAUUCUGAAAGUGAUUUGCUUUUGUUAUACGGCAUGUUAAUAAACAACGGGUUCUUCCCUCUUGAUGCUACCUGCAAUUCAUGUUCUGUUCUCUGCUUUGAGUACUCGUAACUCCCUGCACUUCACUUCA